ACUUUGAUGAUGAGCCAACGAAUUUCAGGUGACUUGCCGCCAUGUCGUCCACAACAGUUGUUGGCUUUCGCUCGGAUGAUGAAGCUCUUGUUCCUGGAUCCAAUGGAAGAUUUUAGAAAUAAAUCAGCAUCAUACAGUCUUAUAAAACCAGAUCGUUCUGGUGAAUGCGUUAGCGAGUGCUGGAAGGAAAAAUACCAAUUUUCGGCCAGUUAUUCGGAUUUGCAAUUAGCAUCGAAUUUUCAAUUCGGCAACUGGUCCAUCUCGUCCAACCAAAGCAAUCACUUGGCGGCGCUCAAUUUCUAUUAUCCGACCUUCUCGCGAACCCUGCUUGUGAAUCAUUAUCCCACCAUUAAUCAGUGGCUCGGAAUCUUGGGCGGCAAUCUAGGACUGUUUCUAGGAGCAAGUAUGGUGACUCUGAUUGAAGUGGUUGUCUUUUGUUUCAGCUGGUGGUGUCGCUGGGAGAACCGCAACCGCCAAGCACUCUUCCGGAAAGAAGCUGGAAUACUGGAAGACAAAAAGAACGCCGGAGAACCUAAAGUUAAAAUCAGAAAAACGAAGAAACGAUUAGAAGAGAAUUUUGGACUUGGUCGCCAUAAAUGGAUUCGGUUUAGCUUACUCCUCCCAACUCAAAAGAGUUUUAAGAAAAAAAUAUCUCAGCCCUAACUCUAAAAACAAAAAAUUAUAAAAACGUAAAAUUUGACUUUUAGUACAGUUGAAAUGUCAUUGGUGUGGAUAUGGUGGAUAUAUUAAACAUUGAUAUCAUAGUAAUUUAUAAUAUGACUAGGUACAUAUGUUAGAAACUAAUUUUGAUAAUUUUAGUCUAGCAUUUUAGUCUAGUAAAUAUAGCUAUUGAGCU